UUUGUCUUUUGUUAAUUACAUUGUUUGUCGUCGUUUCUAGCUAGUGGUUGUCGUGAUUUCCAAUUUCACUUUUAGCUUUAAUUUUGUUAUGAAAGUUACACUGUUAAAUAAUUGGUGUCAUUUCUAUCCAUAAAUAUAUAACAGACUCCAGUAAUUUAAUACAGUGAUAAAUUUCUAGAGUUACGAGUUGUUUCCAGUAGUCGUUGGCUCUUUGUGUUCAUUGUUUAGUUAGGUAAAUAUCGCAGUGAGAUCAAGCAAAAUGCCUAUUUUAUUCAGCGUAGUUGCUAGAGGCACAGUCGUUUUAGCCAAAUAUGCAACUUGUGCUGGAAACUUUACUGAGGUGACCGAACAGAUUUUAUCGAAAAUUCCACCACAUGAUGACAAAUUAACUUAUUCUCAUGGAAAUUAUCUCUUUCACUACAUUGCUGAGAAUAAAUUAGUUUAUUUCUGCAUUACCGAUGACAAAUUUCAAAGAUCGAGAGCGUUUCUUUUUCUCAAUGAAAUCAAAAGGAGGUUCACAUCAGUGUUUGGGGACACUGCCCAGACAGCUAUUCCAUAUGCCAUGAACAGUGAAUUUGCCAGAGUAUUGGCUACAGAAAUGAAACAUUACAGCGAGUCCAAAGACCUAGAAACUAUAUCACGGGUCCACGGAGAAUUGGAUGAGUUGAAGAAUAUCAUGGUUAAAAAUAUUGACAAUAUGGCGAUGCGAGGCGAGAAAUUGGAACUUCUAGUAAACAAGGCUGACAAUUUAGCAACCAGUUCCGUCUCGUAUAGGACUUCGGCGAGGACCCUACAACGUUCACUGUUUUGGAAAAAUAUUAAAAUGUACGUGAUUAUGGCGUUGAUUUUUGCGUUCGCCAUUUAUUUGAUCGGCGCGAUGGCUUGCGGUGGACUUGCGUGGAGAUCUUGUGUUGGUUAGGAAGUUAAUUUUUCAUUAAAUUAUUAACCUGAUAUGCAGAGAAAUGAGAGCAUCGAUUUUAUUGCCGUCGAACAUUUAAACGUAUUAUAUGCAAUGUAUCUUUCCUUUCAUUUAUUAUUCAACAAAAACCCUACAAAGGGACCUUGUAAAAACGCGAAAUUAUCAAAUAGAUAGGUAAUUUAAAUAUAGAUUCAAUCAUUAUAUAAAUCAAGGCUUAACCCUUUGUUGUUAUAAUAUGCAUAAAAAAAACAAAUGUCCAUUUAUUUACGUCUAGGAUAAUGCACGUUUUCACCAAGAACCAUAUUAUAGGAAGCCUCCGGUAAAAUAUUAUAGACUUGUGGUUUGAAACCACUACCUUAAUACAGUAAUACAAUUUAUAAAAGGAAAGGAAACUGGUGAACUCGUGCCAUUAAUAAAUACCUAUAACAUGCAAUAAAUUCAAUAAAUAUUGUACAGCUCUCGUCAAACAAUUCGAUCGCUCUGAAGUUCGUGAGGGGUGGAGAUGCAAAUACUAACUUAAAAGCGAUAGAAAAGGACAGCAUGUAACUUCAGAGUGGUCUACAUGUUUGAUUUGACAGAUCUAUACCUAUCAUAGAGAGAAGUUAAUAAUUAUUUUAGUAGUGAUGUCUCAAGAUGUUUGAUUUGAAAAAUCUAUAAAUAUGCUCAACAAUGUUUAGGAGAGAACUGCAAUAUACUAUAUUAAACACUUAAUUAAUUUAUUAGGUUAAAAUAUAUCUUAAUUCGAAUAAGUGAACGUAAUUAAAUUAGAUAAUGUUUAAACAGUAUCGAAAAUCACAUUAUUAUUGUAGUUUCUAAAAUAAAUUAUUAUAUAAAAACCACGACGAUACUCCAGUGUCCAUUGAAUUCAGUUUAUUUUUUUUAUUUGAUAUUUAUACAACUUUUCAGUCUAUGUUCGAACUACGUCAUCUUAAGACAUCACUGCUAUUUUCUAUUAUUUUUAUUUAUUCAGAAUAUCUAUCACACAAAUAUCGUUGUUAUUUAUUUGUAUGUAGUUAAAUAAAUACAAAUAUAAUGACACUGUUAAUAUUUGACUCGUAAACUCAUAGAGAAUAUUAUACGAUAUAAAAUAUCAGAUAAAUAUUAUAAAAAAAAAAUGAUUCCUUACACAAUAUUUAGUUUUAGAAAAUAUGUAAUUAAUCAAUUCCAUAAUAUUUGCAAUAUAAAUAUUUCAGAUUGAUUUUGUAUUUUAAUUUUAUUAUGUAUUUUUGACGUGACAACGUCUUAUAAAUUGGUUUGCCGGGUGACACUUCAAGAAACUGCGUUACGCUCCGCUCACGUUAUGCGCUCACAAUGAGAGCGAGUGAGAGGCACGCGUCCCUUCCACUCGGGCAUGGUUAGCCCGCCUAAGAGCGAGAGAGACAGACAUAAAAAGUCGUUGUCACGUAAAACUUUCGCCCGUAUACCGACUUUACAGGCAAACAAUUUUUUUCUGAAUUGAUAUCUAUAAAUUGCAUUUGAAUUUAUUUAUAUAGAAUUAUGAUCCUAUACCGUUAAAAACUAAAAUAUUGCAACACUGACAUUUAAUGUUAUAGUCAUCUAAUGUACCUAAUAUGCAUUUGAUUGUAUGUUCGAUAACAUUUUUCCUGUUUCUUAAUCUAUACCUAAUAACUUUGUUCUUAUCAAUCUGCUCUUUUAUCUUUUUUUUUUCUUGACAUUUUUCCAAUUGAAACUAGUAAACUAUGUUGGAUUUAAUAUAAAAUCUUAUUAAUUAUACUUUUGAUACUAGCGGUCCGCCCCGGCUUCGCCCGUGGUACAUAUUUCGCAAUAAAAGGUAGCCUAUGUCCUUUCUCGGGUAUCAAAAUA